AGAGGAGAGGUAAUACCCACCCCUGUUUGGUGACGUAGCGCCUACAAUUCACCUGAUUCCAAGGAACAGAGAGACUGGUGCAUACAGCAGUCGGGAUCGCUAAUGGUGCAGUAUCAUUCUUGAAUAUAUUUUGAGAAAAAACCCUACAAAGCACAGAACCUAUUUGUGGAAAUCCUGAAGAGAUUAUAAGAAAGACACUGAGAAUUAAGAUUCAUCAAGAUGAUUUCAUUUUCCUUUUGUAUCAGAUGUUGGUGUAUUUUUCUUCUGAUAAUCAUUGCAGCCCUCUUCUCUGGGACUCAUGGUGACUGUGAUUUUCCUCCUAGACUUCAGGAUGCUGAUCUGAAAACUACACAAAACAGCUUUACUAUUGGUACUGUAGUGGAAUAUGUUUGCCGCCCUGGUUACCUAAAAAUUCCUGGUAGGAAUACCACAAUCACUUGUUUAAGCAACUCUACAUGGUCAACCCCUGAUGUAUUCUGUAAGCUGAGAAGUUGUGGGAAUCCAGGAGAUACUCUGAAUGGAGAAUUUCAUGCAGAAGACUUUAAUUUUGGCUCUGUAGUAAACUAUACAUGUAAUGUAGGGUACAAUAUGAUCUCAAAGUUUAAUUAUCGUAUAUGUCAAACUGAUGGAACGUGGAGUAAUGCUGUACCACAGUGUGAAGCCCAGAUCUGUUCACCGCCAGAAAAUAUCUUAAAUGGAAGUUUUAAUCCAACAAAAGAUGAAUAUUAUUACCAGGAUUCUGUGACGUACAAAUGCAUUAACAACUUAGUACUAGUUGGGAAAUCCUCUAUGUUUUGCACAGAAUUUGGAAAUUGGAGUUCUGCUGUUCCUCACUGUAAAGGUGUUAAUUGUGCCAAUCCAGAUGUUCCUAACUCAAAAAGGCUAUCAGGAUUUUCUGGCCCAUAUACACUCAAUUCUGCUAUUACCUUCAAAUGUAAUGACGGUUUUGACAUUUUUGGACAAUCUACUAUAGAAUGCAAUAUUGAUAGUCAGUGGGAGCCUUCAUUGCCUCAGUGUUUGGGGCGCUGUGGUUCUCCCCCUAGUCUUCUUUAUGCAGAGUUGAAACCAGACUUUGUCGAUCAAAAGACCUUUUCUUCUGGAGCAGAAGUGCAAUAUGCUUGCCUCAUUGGGUACAACCCUAUCUCUGGCAAAAAUUCCACAAUAAUUUGCCAUGAUGCCACAUGGUCAACCCCUGAUGUGUUCUGUACAUCCCAAAUCUGUCCACCACCUGAAAAUAUUGUAAAUGGAAGUUUUAUUCCACAAAAGGAUCAAUACUUGUACAAGGAGAGCGUGACAUAUCAGUGCUUUAAUAACAUGGAAAUUGUUGGGGAUCCAUCCCGUUUUUGCACAGCUACCGGGAAAUGGAGUUCCGUUGUACCUUCUUGUAAUGACAGUUCAGCCCAAAUCUGUCCACCACCUGAAAAUAUUGUAAAUGGACAUUUUAUUCCACAAAAGGAUCAAUACCUGUACAAGGAGAGUGUGACAUAUCAAUGCUUUAAUAACACGAAAAUUGUUGGGGAUCCUUCCAGAUUUUGCACAGCUACUGGCAAAUGGAGUUCUAUUGUACCUUCUUGUAAUGAUGGCAACACCGCUGGGGUAAUUUUAGGAAACACUGUGCUGAUGCUUACACUGAUUAUUGUAACACAAGUACUUGGGAAAUUCUUCUGAACUGAUGGACUAAACGGUCUAAGCCUAAAGUGAACAUAUCUGUCUUGCCAAGGAGCCACAUACAAACAGUAAAUUUAUACUUUACGAAGACACCUUGCCAAAUCCUUUUCGUGGAUGUUAAAUACCAAAAGGCCCUUGAUUUUGGGCUUGGGUCUGUGGUACCCCUGCAGAGAUUGUGCAUAGUAUCCCUGUUAUAAGGGUUUUUUUUUUCUUGCUGCAAUGGGUUAAUUGCCUUUAGAAACACUGACUCAGGGAAUGAUGUGAAUGCUUACAAGUAAUAUGUCAAUACUGUAUAAGUAAAGCAUAACAUAUAAAAAGUGCUAACAACUGCUAGGCUUGAGUCAGGAGAAGUAGUUGUUAGCUCUGGGUCUUAUUUUAUUUAUCUCCAUAGUACACUACACACUGUAUUUGUAAUGAUGCUCUAUUAUUAAUGUACUUUAUCCCAAGAUUUAUUUUACACUUCUAUUGUGUGAUUGAAGUCAAAUGUAUUGAUAUUGGACAUAAAAAAGCUCAUUGCAAAAUGUGCUCAACCAUAGCAACUGCUAGUUUGUUCCGUCUGACUGCCUUCCAUAGACUGUAACUGGAUGUGAUUAAGGUUGUCUAAUAUAAUCCCAAAGAGAUACCUUACACACAAGGCACUGUAAUGUAAAAGAGGCCAAAGAGAAUUUUUUUUUUUAACAUAUCGGUGCCUGUUAACCCUACCUAAUCUGUUCCUUAAUUUUAACUUGUCACCUUCACUCACUCUUUGACACCACGCAAGUUAUUUUGUUUGUAUCACAAGCUAAGUAAGCCCACGAGUUUCCCUUUUUGUCCAAAACUUGUACACUUCUGAUAUUAGGUACAAUGAUAUUAUAUUCUUAGGUGGGAGGGCAAAGGGGUUGGCAGGUAUCAGAAUUUUGUUUUACAAAUGCAUUUGCUGCUCUUUAUUUAUUUAAUUGGGUUGAACAUUAAUAAAAUCAUUCUACCUUAGAUCCAUGGACUCCUUGUAUUUCACCUUCUUAACAGAAGUGUAUAACAGUAGUGUAUAUGUGUAUACAUUGUUGCACUUGGCACUUGUUCCAUCUCAUCAUUAAUUUAUUAAUUCAAUAAAAGUGGAGUGUGGUUGU